AUUUGAGGGUUUGCGUAUCUGUAAUGUAGUACAGAAUUUUCACGUUGUCGUGUUUACCUCAAAUGAGAGAAUUUAGCAGUUAAUUCCAAUGUAGUAUUUGCCAAAUGUACAUCGUCAGGUUGACGAAUAGAGCUUCGUCGUCUCUUCGUGACAAUUUCGCCGAGUGUUGUCGGACGUAGCCGGAGCUCGCCGACCACGCCCGGAAAUGACCGAGUUGAGCCGAGCAGUGGCGGUGGUCGACGCUCGAGGCGUUCCCGCCUGCCGAAUUCUUGUUGUGUUUUGGUUCGCUUUCCGGGUGGACGAUUAUUGGCUCGUGUUUUCUCAGUUGUAGCCGGCCGGUUGAAGCUGUUAUGGCUCUCCCACGAGGCAAGGCGGGCUUGGGUUUUCCGUGUUAACACCGGGCCAAGCGCUGUGGGGGCCAUGGCGGGUGUCUUCGACAUUGACCUGGACCCACCGGACCAGAGUGUGUCGGACGAGGAACUCGAAGACGGGGGUGAGAUCGGUGACUAUAUGGAACAAUGCAGUGAUUUUGACUUCGACCUAGAUGACUGUGAGAAGUUUGAGAUUUCUGAGAACACCGUGAACAAGGGAACUGAGCAGAUCAGGCCCGAGUGCUUUGAGCUGCUGAAGGUUCUGGGAAAGGGCGGCUAUGGAAAGGUUUUUCAGGUUCGGAAGGUAUCGGGUUCCACCUCUGGCAAGAUAUUUGCAAUGAAGGUUUUGAAAAAGGCCAUGAUUGUUCGCAACGCAAAGGACACAGCGCACACCAAAGCCGAGAGGAACAUUUUAGAAGAAGUGAAGCAUCCUUUCAUAGUGGAUCUUAUGUAUGCCUUCCAGACAGAAGGAAAGUUGUACCUAAUCCUGGAGUAUCUCAGCGGUGGGGAGCUUUUUAUGCAACUGGAGAGAGAGGGCAUCUUUAUGGAAGACACAGCAUGUUUUUACUUGGCUGAAAUUUCAAUGGCCCUGGGUCACUUGCAUCAGAAAGGCAUCAUCUACAGAGACCUGAAGCCCGAAAACAUCAUGCUCAACAGCAACGGGCAUGUGAAGUUGACAGACUUUGGCCUGUGUAAAGAGUCCAUCCAUGAUGGGACGGUCACCCAUACCUUCUGUGGUACCAUCGAGUACAUGGCUCCGGAGAUCCUCAUGAGGAGUGGACAUAACAGGGCAGUGGACUGGUGGAGCCUGGGGGCUCUCAUGUAUGACAUGCUUACAGGAGCGCCUCCUUUCACUGGCGAAAAUCGUAAGAAGACCAUCGACAAAAUUCUAAAAUGCAAACUCAGCCUUCCACCUUACCUCACUCAAGAAGCCAGAGAUCUCCUCAAAAAGCUUUUAAAGCAAAGCGCCUCAAUGCGCCUGGGGGCAGGCCCAACUGACGCUGCAGAGAUCCAGGCACACCCUUUCUUCCGCCAUACCAACUGGGAGGAGCUCCUAGCACGCAGAGUGGAGCCUCCAUUCAAACCUUUGCUGCAAUCGGCCGAUGAUGUCAGCCAGUUUGACUCCAAAUUCACCAGCCAGCCUCCGGUGGACAGCCCGGACGACUCCACGCUCAGCGAGAGUGCCAAUGAAGUCUUCCUGGGUUUCACAUAUGUGGCUCCGUCGGUCCUGGAAAACGCCAAGGAGAAGUUCUCGUUCGAGCCAAAGGUCCGCUCGCCUCGCAAGUUCCCCGGAAGCUCGAGGAUGCCUGUGAGCCCGGUGAAGUUCGCACCGAGCAACUGUUGGGUACGGGGACCCUCCACGGAACAACCCAUGGAGGAGUCCACAAUGGAGCAAAUGGACACAAGCAGCAGCAGCAGCGGCGCUUCGGAAGCCUCGGCGCCACUUCCCAUCAGGCGGCCGUCCAGCACGAGCGCUCCGCUCUACAAAAAACAAGCCUACCCGAUGAACUCCAGACGACCGGAACACCUCCGCAUGAAUCUUUGAUGCUUGGACGUUUCCUUGUCCACUUGGGCAAGUCGCUGGGCCGUCGCUCGUUGACGUCAUCACCGGCUCUUCCGUCUGGUGGCCUCGCUCCAAAAUCGUCAGUGGUCCUUUUGGGGAGAGUCACCACUUUCUUUAUUGGCCCUUGCUUUGGUUUCACGGUGCUCUUAUUUCCUCAACUUUGGACAUUUGACACGCCAACUUUUUGGCUAUCCACAGUGGACACAGUUCUUUCUGUUGAAUGUAAAAAGAUUCUUAAAGUAGUCGCACCAAAACCCCAAAAAACAAACAAUGAACCAAAAAAAAAAAAAAGUAACACCAAAAACCCCCUCACGCCCCCCCCCUCCAAAAAAAACAAAAACAAAAAACCAACAACUCACCUAAAUUCUCUCACACACUAAAUGACUUUCAUUUGCAGUUUUGACCUUCCUUUGACAGACAAUCUUUUAACUCUUACGUAUUUUGGGACUUGCUUGGACAAAAAAAGAGCUUAGGGCGGGGGGCGGGGCGGGAGGGGGGCGUGGAAGGUUUCCUUCGGUUCAUGUUAGCGAGAGGGUUUUCCGUUAAGUGUUUGAGGUGAUGUUUGACCUUCAGUAUUUGGCACCUGAAUUUAAAGCCUUUUACAUUUCUACAUUGAAUGUUGACUCUCAGUUCAGAAUAACACGACUCCUGCGUCUUUGUGGACUCAAACCAACAUUAAUACUCG